AUGACUGGAGUACGAAACCAAUACGAACGACGAAGCAAACACAAACACGACAAACAAGCAACAAAUCCAGUCGAUACUGAAGAAAGGAAUAAGAAUGAACGCGCCAAAGAAACGGAGCCAGUUGUCCCGCAAUCACUUCUGAACGACAUCAUGAACAAUUUAGAGGAUCCCGAACAUCACACCAAUCAAGAAACUGAAGUUAACACCAAUGAAAAAAGCAAUGAUAAUGGAAACCAAGAACAAGAGUCUGAUCUCACUCAAGGACGGAAAGAGACUGUCAGGGAUCCCGAAGAUCACACCAAUCAAGAAACUGAAGUUAACACCAAUGAAAAAAGCAAUGAUAAUGGAAACCAAGAACAAGAGUCUAAUCUCACUAAAGGACGGAAAGAGACUGUCAGGUUUAAGACAAAACAUAAUCUCUCAAAUAGAAAACAAGUAGAUUAAUUAGACUUGAAUCAAUAACAUGUAUGUUGAAUGUAUCUGAUUUUUGUCCAAAGAUUGGUAUUCAUGUGUAUCAAUAUGCAAUAAGCUGGGACCUACUAAA